GCGCUUUCCUUGAACGUUGCUUCUUCCUCUACUAGUCAAAAAACCAACUCCGAUCGAGAAAUAAAAACUUGAAUCGGAAGAAAAUGAAGAGUCAUCCUUCGUAAAUGCUACGUUUCCUCUGCUGCGGUCAUCCACAGCCAUCUAUUAUCUUCUCUACUUUUGGAUUUAGGAGCUCCGAUCGGGAGACGGAGAAAUGGCGCAGAAAAAGUACAUAAUACAGGUCGAGAACGCAAAGGAUGCCGGAGAUGGAAGACCGUCCGUUGGACCUGUAUAUCGGAGUAUCUCUGCCAAGGAUGGAUUUCCUCCUCCGAUUCCUGGAAUGGACAGUUGCUGGGACAUUUUCCGCAUGUCAGUGGAGAAAUAUCCUAACAAUCCUAUGCUUGGUCACCGUGAGAUUGUGGAUGGGAAGGCUGGUAAAUACGUUUGGAAAACUUAUAAGGAAGUUUAUGACAUUGUAAUAAAAGUAGGAAAUUCCAUCAGGAGUUGUGGUGUUGAGGAGGGGGGAAAAUGUGGUAUUUAUGGUGCCAAUUGUCCAGAGUGGGUUAUGAGCAUGGAGGCCUGUAAUGCUCAUGGACUCUAUUGUGUACCUCUAUAUGACACCUUAGGUGCUGGUGCUGUGGAGUUUAUAAUAUGCCACGCAGAAGUUUCACUUGCUUUUGUAGAGGAAAAGAAAAUUCCAGAGCUGUUUAAAACAUUUCCCAACUCAACAAACUACUUAAGAAAAAUUGUGAGCUUUGGCAAGGUUAGAACUGAACAAAAGGAAGAAGCUGAGAAAUAUGGUUUGGCUAUGUAUUCAUGGGAUGAAUUUUUGCAACUGGGAGAAAACAAACAAUUUGAUCUUCCUGUGAAAAAGAAAAGUGAUAUCUGUACAAUAAUGUACACUAGUGGAACAACUGGCGAUCCCAAGGGUGUAUUGAUUUCAAAUGAUAGCAUUGUUACUCUUAUAGGUGGUAUAAAACGCUUCCUUGACAGUGUAAAUGAAGAGUUGACUGUCAAGGAUGUAUAUCUUUCUUACCUUCCCCUUGCACAUAUAUUUGAUCGGGUGAUUGAGGAGUUCUUUAUUUCACAAGGUGCCUCAAUAGGGUUCUGGCGUGGGGAUGUUAAACUGUUGGUUGAAGACAUUGGGGAGCUGAAGCCAACAAUUUUCUGUGCUGUUCCCCGUGUGUUAGAUAGAAUAUAUUCAGGUUUGACACAGAAGAUUUCUUCAGGGGGCCUCUUGAAAAAGACACUGUUUGACAUUGCAUAUUCAUUCAAAUUUUAUAAGAUGAAGAAGGGGGACAAACAUGAAGAAGCAUCUCCAAUUUGUGACAAAAUUGUGUUUAGUAAGGUGAAGGAAGGACUUGGAGGGAGAGUGCGGCUUAUUCUAUCUGGAGCUGCACCUCUCUCUACUCAUGUAGAAGCUUUCCUGCGAGUGGUGGCGUGUUGUCAUGUUUUGCAAGGAUAUGGUUUGACUGAGAGUUGCGCCGGAACUUUUGUCUCACUACCAAAUGAAUUAUCAAUGCUUGGUACUGUUGGGCCUCCAGUGCCAAACGUGGAUAUAUGCCUAGAAUCUGUACCAGAAAUGGGAUAUGAUGCUCUUGCAGACACACCUCGGGGAGAAAUAUGUAUCAGGGGUAGUACCUUAUUUUCUGGGUACUAUAAACGUGAAGACCUGACCAAAGAAGUCAUGGUGGACGGGUGGUUCCACACUGGGGAUAUUGGUGAGUGGCAGCCAGAUGGAAGCAUGAAAAUUAUUGACCGAAAGAAGAAUAUUUUCAAGCUUUCGCAGGGAGAGUAUGUUGCAGUUGAAAAUUUGGAGAACAUUUACGGGGUUGCACCUGCUAUUGAUUCCAUUUGGGUGUACGGUAACAGCUUUGAGUCAUUCCUUGUUGCUGUCUUGAACCCUAACAAACAAGCACUUGAAGAAUGGGCAUCGGAAAAUGGUUUAGAUGGUGAUUUUGAUUCCAUCUGUCAAAAUCCUAAAGCAAAAGAGUACAUGCUAGGAGAGCUCACAAAGAUUGCAAGAGAGAAUAAGUUGAAAGGAUUUGAAUUUAUAAAAGCUGUUCACCUUGACCCUGUGCCAUUCGACAUGGAACGUGACCUCCUGACCCCAACAUAUAAGAAGAAGAGACCUCAAUUGCUCAAAUACUAUCAGAAUGUUAUUGAUAACAUGUACAAGAGUGGUGGCAAGUCCAGCGCAUGAAUGAUACAUUCAAGAUUGGGUGCUGAAAGUUGGCUUUUCUCCUACUUGGGUAAUAAUGCGUGUUCUUUGAUUAUGUUUAUCAUGAUUCUACACGACAGUUAUUUAAACGAAACUCGUAAAUCAAAAUUUAUCUCUGUAGAAUUGACUUCUCCUCAAUACUGUAGAAUCUACCUUGCUCAAAUUUAUUACCAACUUGUUACUAAUUUGCCUAAUUCGAUAUCCAUGUUUGAUGAUUUUGCCAUUGCUGCUGAUUUUUGCC